AACUGCAAAUCAGAAAGCUACAACUGUCGCCAAGUGUCUCUGGGAUAAUUUCCUCGUGCAUUAUGGAAUACCAGAGCGGCUUCUGAGUGACCAAGGUGCAGACUUCGAAUCAAAGAUCAUUAAAGAACUUUGUGAAAUGGCUGGAAUCAAUAAAGUCCGAACCACUCCUUACCACCCAAGAGGAAACCCUGUUGAGCGGUUCAACAGAACUUUACUAGACAUGUUGGGAACUCUAACUGAUCGGGAAAAGUGUCACUGGAAAGAGUUUGUAAAACCCCUGGUGCACGCUUACAACUGCACCAAGAAUGACUCUACUGGGUUCUCACCAUACGAACUGAUGUUCGGCCGUCAACCGAGGCUUCCUGUUGAUCUAGCCUUUGGACUACCAUUGACUGAUGAUGAGCCUGAAUCUCAUUCCCAAUACGUUCAGAAACUAAAAUCUCAUCUUGAAGACAGUUAUAAACUGGCAAUCAACAACUCAAAGAAACUAAUGGAACGAAACAAACUGCGCUUCGACCGCCAUAUAACUGCUUCUGAACUGGCUAUUGGGGACAGAGUUCUGGUGAGAAAUGUACGGUUAAGGGGUAAACACAAGCUGGCUGACAAAUGGGAACGUGAAAUAUACAUUGUAACAAAGAAAGCAGAAAACCUUCCAGUGUAUACAGUGAGACCUGAAGGUAAAGAAAAACCUUUAAGGACUCUACAUCGAGACCUACUGCUGCCAUGUGGAUACUUGUCUGCAACAGUACCUAAGAAACCUGAAAACAAUGCUAGAAAGCCUCACCCCUCUUCUCCAACAGAUUCUGUUGAAGAUAUGGAGGAUGAUUAUGACGAUGACUUAGUUCUGCAUAUACCUGUUAUGCCUGAACCAUUGAAAUUCUCUACUGUUAUUGAAAUCCCGCCUAACCCACAGUCUUCUCGUACAACUGAAUUGCCUGUUAAUCCUGAGAAUACUGAACCUGCAACUAUGGAAACAGAACCUUCCACAAUGGAACCUGAGCCUUCAGCUGCAGAGGAUGCAGUGGAAGUCGUCCCUGACCACAGUGAGGUUCAACCUGAUGAGACUAUGCCUGUUGAAGCCUCCUGUCCAGAAGAAAACUCGCCUUCUUUGGAGCCCUCCAGCGAAGACCUAGGAAGUGACCCACCUGAACAUACUGAACCAACCUUUCACCGUCCAGUCCGUAAAAGGAAUCCACCAGAUAGACUCCAAUAUUCUAAACCUGGCCAUCAGCUCAUGAAAAGCAUCCAAAGCCUUUUCCAUGGGUUGAGCUCCAUGUUCACCGUCGCCCUUCUGGAGGACAAAGAAGAUGUGGUCUUUGGAUCGCAUCAGCCAGUCAUCGAAUGUCAGCCGAGUCCAUGUCCGAGGACGUACAUGAGAAAAGGGGGGGAAAGUGUAACCCACAGCACAUAAGGCCCUACUUCCGGGUUCAAUCUGAGUAGUGCGCCCUGUCCCUUUAAAAAGGGGCGGAUCCCUGACCCAAACAGAUUGCUCCACAGAUGCUACAGCCAACGCUGCUCCCAGCUGCUCCUCGCUGUGGCUUCUCUGUUUUUGAAAAAAAACCCGCCUUGACACUCCACCGCUGCUUAAUUUACUCUGAUGCCUUCACUAUAGAUCACUUUAGCUUCUUACAACUCGAUUUACAACUCAUAACCUGGUGGACAUUCCCUAUAUCCUCUCCCAAAUCAUCUACUCAUCGGUGAGUUAAAAUAUAUUAUUUUUAUUCCUUAUUUUGAGUUUGUGAUGCUGCAGUACACCGGUUGCAUGCUACGCUAACAGGGGUAGUUAAUAUAGCUCCCAGACACGCCCACAGCUUCACUCAGACUUUAUUUUUUUUAUUAAUUCAGAGGGAAACUUUUCCCCAACCAAGAAGCAGUAAGAUUUUUCCCAAGCAGU